AUGGUGAGGAGGGUGGAGCUUUUUCGUUUUACAGUUAUUGGUAGACGUUUCCUUCUUGGAGAUGUCGUUCUUAACCUUAUUGAUCCAAUACCUGAUUAUGGAUCGGGUGUCCAGUUGAUUGGUAUAGGUGAAAUUGGCGCGUACGAUCUUGCAGAUGCGAUGUAUAGGCAGCGUUUCCUUAAAUCUUAUCAUCUCACUGGGAUGCUGGGUCAAGCCUCUUCAAACGGCUUGGCCACAGGCCCCUUGAUGUACCGAUCUCCUUGGCGUCAUAUAACACGACCAAAGUUAGAUCGCAUUCUCGCUUCGAUUGAAUUUAAGGCUCGAUCAGCGUUGAUGCUGCAAGCCGGACUUGUGCCCAACACACACAAGGCCUAUGAGGCUCUCAGCAAUCUUAAUCCUAAGGAAGUGGUCCUGAAGCCGCAUGUUGAGCCUUGCGAAUCUCUACCACCCGAUCACGUUACCCCUUAUUGGGAUAGGAGACCAGAGCCUACACAACCACACUGCCUCCGAUCUAGCCAAGAUCAAAGCUCGCUGCCUCAGUUCCCACCUUCUAUCCAUGGAAUUCGUUGCAUCAACUUCGCACCUCCAUUCUUCACCCUUGGUAUGACUGAAUUUUGUAUACCUCUAAUUCAUCUUACGAUAACGCAGCUCCGUUAUGUCCUUUCAGAAAUUAAGGUUCUCAAUGAAACGGAAGAAUUUCUGACCGACCUAAUGGUCAAUAUUGGAGCUUCACUACGCUCUAGUUGUGUGCUCUCCUGUGCACGACGAAUUCGGCAUGGACUUAUCACCGUCCACGAUAGCCUCCUACUCAAGCAAUGUGUUGUUCCACACUCUCUUUACGAAAGAUUUGUCCAUCUUCGUUCCAAGCCUCCUGAGAGGGAAUUUGCUAAUGAGGACGAGUAUAGACGACACGUCCUUUCCGAACUCAUUGUUGAUGAGGAAACCAACUUGUUUUCUAACUUGGUCAAGUGUACGCCUUGCUACCAAUUUUGA